CACCAAACCCAGACGUAUAGCUUCAGCUUCACAGUCAAUUCGGCUCAGUUGGGCCAAGAGUUAGUUAGGAUUGCGCCAAGCACCCUCCUUCUCUGCGCUCAACACUGACAACCACAGCCUCAGAUCACUCACCAUGGCGUCCUUCUCCAGGGGCCUCGGCCCCCGACUCGUGUUUCUCAUCCGGCAGCAAGCCCCAUGCGAAUGCGCCGCCGCCGAAGCACAAGUACGCCAGCUCCUCCGCGCCCGCUUUUCCACCGCCCGCCUCCUCCAGAAAGCCGCUCGCUCGUCCCGCCCAGUUCCAAAACCCGCAUCCAAACCAUCCGCCUCAACGGCAGCCCCCAAGACGUCGUCCCCUAUCCUCGGCUCAGCAACCGCACAAGCCGCCCGCCCCGCCACCUACGCCGAGCAGCUCGCCCUCAAGGGCCGCACCCUCCUCUACGAAUCGCCCUCACACUUCUGGUUCCGCGCCGGCUGCUUCUCCUCGGCCGCCUUCUGCGUCUCGUACACCGUGUACCAGUACUGGACCGUGAUCCUGCACCCGCCCGAGGGGCUGAUGUGGUGGAUACCGCACGCCUUCGGUGCCAUCCUGGUCUUCAUGGCCGGCAUGGGCGCUUACUUCGUUAUGGGCGCGGGCCGCCUCGUGCGCUCCAUCGAGGCCGUGCCCGCGGCCGCCGUUGUCGCCGCGAAGCAGAUCGCCGCUGCCGGGGCAGCAGCCUCGCAAACGCCGCCAAUCUACAUCGAGGUGGCCACCCGCCGCAUCGUGCCCUUCAUGCCGCCCAAGAAGACGCUGCUUCGACCCGAGGAGGUGCAGUUGCCGUUCCGCAUGUACAGCGUAUUCGCCGGGUCGGGGUCGAGGUUGGCGGUGGCGGCGGCGGCAGGCCACGAGAAUCUGGCGCAGAAGCCGGUGAGCUUGGCGGAGAGGGUGCGCGCGGAGCGGGCGGCGAGGGAGGCCAAGAUUGCCGAGAGGAAGUAUACCAUGGACCACAUCAUGACGGCGCCGUUCCGGGACGCUGCCAAGGCGUUUGGCACGGCGUGGCGCGGCAUCAAGCGGUCGUUUAACCGCGAGGGGUUUGCCAAGAUCCAGCUGGGGAAGCAGGAGUACAAGUUAGAUGUGACGGGAGGGUGGGCGCUGGAUGACGGGAGGGCGAUGGACAGGCUGCUACCAAUCAGGCCGAAUGCGUUGAGGGCGAGAUAGGGAAAUGGGUUUUAAUACCGUUAGUUCGUGCGCUUGUGGGGGGCUACUCUGUAUGAUUCUCUGUUGAUAAUAUACCCUGUAAAGCACUGUAUAGGUGCAACGAG